AAUUUGUUUAUUAUAAGUUUUACUAUAUUUGGUAUUUUGACGUAGUUUGUGAUUUUUAUAUAAGGAGAGAAAAAUGAUUGUUGGACAAUGGAUGAAGAUGACCCUGGGAGCAGGUUCUCUGUUAGCUGUGAUUGUCUCUGUUAUCUUUGCAUUAGAAUGGUUCUGUGUGAUCCCAGGUGGUAUUCAGUGCAGUGAGGAGCGUGGUAAGCGAGAAUAUGUAGUCAAGAGUGGGUACAGGGCUUUGAAGUUGACUUAUGUUAAGGGUAGUAGUACUACUUUCACCUUUGAUCUGUGCGAAGUCAUUCAAUGUGGUAACAAAAACGCCUCUUASAGGCAUGUAGACAUAUAUGUUUGUCCAUGUGUGAGUUAUGAUCUCCGUGAUUGUGGAGCAACGUUUGGUAAUUGUGGUUGGAAUCAGGUAACUCUCUAUACAGGGGACUGGACUCCCUAUGACCAAGCCRAUAACUUUAAAGAGGAAAGAUUUAUACAACAUGAUAAGGAAAUCCGUGCCUGGUGGAAAAAAUAUAUGUCAAUCCAGAGGAAUUAUUCCCCAACGCAAAAUCCAAUUUCAUUGUCUAUUAAAUCUGCAACUAUCUUUAGGGGGUUCUACAGAGGUAUUGGACUUGCAAACCCGCGUAACAAAAACUUGAUGUUAACACUAGGGGCAGACGUUUUUGGCAAAGAUCCCUAUGGGUGGAUUCAGAUUACUGUGGUAGAUACCCCGCCAGAGGACCCCUCAACCAACUCAGUAACUGUUCCUCCUUUGCUCCCUGUGCCCGAGAUGAGCCCAGGUGUGAAAUCGGUUGAUUAUUCCAGCCUCACCCCUGUAGAUGUUAUUGCUAUGUCUACCGGUUACAGGGAGAUUAACUUGUGGCUAGAGUGGGUUACUGAGGCUGCACGACAGGCCCUUUUGUCUGAGUGUGUGGCCUGUGCGG